UGAAAGAUUUCUGCCGUCAAAGAACACCUGACAGUGCAAUUAAACAAUCAGUUACGAACGCUGCAUGUAUGUUCAAUCUGUUCUAAUGAUAUACAUCGUUCAACUGCUGCCGACGAAAGGCCAGAGAAGUUUCAGAUUCCAAUCGAAUACUCUUUACUUCCAAAAUUCUCACUACGACGCCAAGAACCACACCCUUCACCGCGAUAACUGGAAGCGUGCGGAACUAAAGCAUGAUUUAUGUGUUCUCGAGGGCUAAAAGUUUGAUUUAUUCCAUGACACAUCGUGGCCUGGGAAGCACUGUGCGUCGUGACAGCUCUGUUGAUAAACAACAUGACGUGACAAAGU